UGGUGUGAGUAGCAUUGUGACCGUCUCCCUGGUGUGGUGACAAGCACAAGGUGAAAGUGUUGCUUUAAGACAAAGGAUUUAUAUACAUUUAUACUACAGCGCUCUGGAAAAGCACAUACAUCAUGAAAUCUCAGUUACAAAAUGUUGUAUCCAAAGCAAUAUUCUGGAAAGGCGAGGGGAACAUCAACCCUGCGUUUGACGGCGGCGACGAUGUGAGGCAGAAGGAACCCACAGUGGAGGUGACUGUUGAACAGCAGGCUGGUGAACAAGGCCGUGAACAAUGGUCCAGCCCGGUCGAGUUUCUCCUGUCGUGCAUCGCCAUGUCUGUGGGGCUCGGCAAUGUGUGGAGAUUUCCAUUCGUGGCGCUGGAAAACGGAGGUGGAGCUUUCCUCAUUCCAUACAUUCUUGUGCUUAUGUUCAUCGGCAAGCCUCUCUACUAUAUGGAACUGUGCAUGGGGCAGUUCGCCUCCGCCGGCUCCGUCAAGGUGUGGGAGGUGUCCCCAGCUUUCCGAGGUGUGGGUUACGGCCAAGCCAUAGCGACGUGGGCAGUGGUGACCUACUACGUCUCCCUCAUGGGCCUCACCGUCUAUUACUUCUUCGCCUCCUUCACCAGCGAGCUGCCCUGGUCUGUGUGUAGCGAGAACGCUCCCCAAACCUGCCUUGACGCUUUUCGUAAUGGCACGGAGCUGGCUACCUCGUUAGGCAUCAAUGUUACCAGUCUCACCUCCGCGGCUGAGGAAUAUUUCUCGAAUGAGGUGCUGCAGAAGGAUCCUAACGGCCUGGCCAACGGUCUGGACGCCCCCGAGUGGAAGCUCACCCUGUGCCUCCUCUUCUCCUGGAUAGUGCUGUUCGUGGUGCUGGCCAAGGGCGUCCAGAGCGCCGGUAAGGCCGCCUACUUCACCGCCCUCUUCCCCUACGUGGUCCUCUUUAUCAUGCUGAUCCGUGGAGCCACGCUGGAGGGGGCCCUGGACGGUGUACUGUUCUUCAUCUCGCCUCGAUGGGGCAAGCUCCUGGAGCCUGGGGUGUGGUACGCAGCUGUGGACCAGUCAUUCUUCAGUCUCUCCGUUGGCUUCGGCUCCAUCACAAUGUUCUCGUCAUACAACUCCUUCCGUCACAACGUCUACCGCGACGCUGCCAUCAUCUCCGUCACCGACACGCUCACAUCCCUCCUGGCCGGCUUCACCACCUUCGCCAUCCUGGGCCACCUGGCCAAACUGCUCGGCGUCAGCGUGGAUCAGGUCGUGAAGGGCGGCGGCACCUCCCUGGCCUUCGUCAGCUACCCCGACGUGCUGUCCAGGUUCCAGUACGUGCCUCAGCUGUUCUCCGUGCUGUUCUUCCUCAUGCUCUUCACUCUGGGCGUGGGCAGCGCCUCCGCCCUCACCGGCUGCAUCAUCACCAUCAUCUGUGAUGAGUUCCCGCGCUUCAAGAAGUGGAUCGUGACGUUGGUGGUGUGUAUCGCUGGCUUCCUCCUCGGUCUCUUCUACGUCACUCCUCAGGGACAAUACGUCUUGGAGCUCAUCAACUACUAUGGAGGCGGUUUCAUCAUCUUCAUCUUGGUGGUGUUUGAGAUCGCGGCCGUCCACUGGGUGUACGGCGUCAACAACUUCUGUCGCGACAUCGAGUUCAUGUUGGGCAAGAAGACUGGCGUCUACUGGAAGUUCUGCUGGGCCUUCCUCAUCCCCGUCCUCCUCUCUGUCAUCUUCAUCUACAGUCAGAUCAUCGCCGAGCCGCUCAAAACCGGCACCUACGUCUUCACUCCCGAUAUUAUAGCCUUCGGCAUUUGCCUGGCCGUCCUGGCGUGCUUGAUGGUUCCCAUCUUCUUCUUCGUGGAGGUCUUUCGCCGCCGCAACAGCUCUGCCUCGCUCUGGGAAGCCGUCCUCGCCACCUUCAGGCCGACUGCCGAGUGGUGUCCCAAGGACCCCAUCCUUCGCCAGGAGUAUCGCCAGUUCACGGACGUUAACAAGCCAGCUCUGGAAGGCAUCGACAACCCUAUCCACCCGGUGGACUCUACCGUUUCCAUGGCGUCACUCCACAACGGUCACAACGGCACCGUUACCCAGUACAACACGAGCGUGUGAGGCAUUACUGUAUCUCCACAGCGACGUCCACUCACAUUAACAUAUGGAGGAAAACUAUAGUAACAAAUACAUCGUCUAUCUGGCUACUUAAGGUAGAUAAUUUGAGGAUAAAAUGCAGUUUUAUCCUGUCGUGGAGUACAACAAUUGGCCCCCGCCAGGCCAGGAAGUUCCUCCGUGUCAGGAACUUUGUCAUUUCAUGACGUGACGUGACCAAUCACGGUCUAGAUCAUGUCGACGUGUCUUCAUAUAUCUCAGGAUACCAGCCAUAAUUCAUGCCAUUACUCAUCAGCCGAACUUCUUCAUCUUGCUUAGUCAAGACUCACUCAUGUUGUAUAUUCAAUACUUCCUCAUCUAGCUUAAGGACUUAAAUCAUUGUAUCAUAAUUAUCUUUAUUCAUCAUAUCAUACUGUAAGUUUGUUCAAUCCAAAUGGCCUCAUUUGUUUGAAUAACAAAACUUAUUAGCUAAGUACUCAAAGAACAUUUUAUAAACGGAUGAAAGAACAUUUUAUAAAUGUUCUUCACCCACUCACUCACACUUGGUUGUGAUAUAUGUAUAUAGACAUAUAAAUAGAAGGAAGUGUAGUUGUUGAGAGUACUUCAUAUAUAUAACAAUAUAUAUUUAUAAUUUUAUAUAUUUAUGACAUUUUCAAGUAAAACAUUAAGGAAUA